AUGAUUGCAAAGGGCUUAUUAACAGUAUCGGCGCUGGCUGCUGCAGCUGCAUCGGCAACAUAUGCCGGCACCGUUUAUAAAGAAACACGCCGCACAGAUUCCCGGCGGAUGACACGUCAAAAUACUGUUCCUGAUUCACUUCGCAAUUCCAAAUCCGUCAAUGAAAUUGUUGAUCCCAAGGGAUGCUCGACUUCUUUUGACACACGGUCUAUCUCCAUCGACAUACCACCUCAUCGACGAAAUGUCUCGGAUGAGGAACUGCUCAGUAGAUUUACGAAGGCUUUCUUUGGGGGAGCUGUGAUUCGCCCGGAAAGAUUCGUCCUUCAAAAUUUGACACCAAAUCUUGUCAAUUUCUCAGGUAGGAUUCUCGAACCUCAUGCAUUCGGGUGA